AGAUUACUUUCCCUCCCUUAUAAUUGCUCCUAAAUUGAUGCACGAGCAAUGCAAAGUAGAAAGAAAACAACAAAAUGCAACGCAACUUGUGACCAUUUCACAUAUCGAAGGGGCCCUGAAAAAAGUGCCUGACAACACCGUGGCAAACUCCAGAAGGACAGGGUCAGUGCUUUGGUUAGUGUCCCGGCUCCGGGUUUUGGAGCCCGGGAUAGAAGUACGAGAAGGCUGGACACGGAAGUUGGAGAUAUACUCGGGAACCAAAGAGUAGGUGUCUGCUGAGCCCAAGCAUGUUCCAGGUCAUCACUUAAGAAUCAGUCAAGGUGACAAUUACUUGGUCAGUGUUUUGUGGUAACUUUGGGGGUAUUUAAAGAGCUUCUAGGCAAAUAGCGCGAGUGAGCAGUUGUGUGUACCCGAAAACUCGCGCUGUCGAAGUGCUAGCGAUAGCAUAAUCGAUAGCUCGAGGGCUCCAAAAAGUGAAAGCAUUAUAUUCAAUAUCACCAUUGCGUUUUGUUAAAGACUACUGUGAAAACUUUAUGCAAUAGUCAAUGCGAUUACAACUCUUCGGUACUUUGUGUAGUGAAACUUGGCUAUCGGCAUAAUGUUUAUAUUUGGGGACCGAUGUGAUAGUAACCUAGCUUCUGUGCCAGGCAACUCAACAAUGCUAAUUUAUCACAAGUUAGCAAACUAGCCUAUGCUUCUUUAUUACUUGAACGGGAUAUAACAAUAAAUAUCUUCAGUGUGCUAAUUAGUCACACCCAAACUAUGUCGAAUCUGCUAUGCAUAUUUUAUACCGUCAAAGUAGUAGUCUCCUUGUUAAAGUGACACGUUGUCUAAAUGCCAAAAACUUGUGUUCUGCUGACAAGUGAGGAACACACAGCAUUGUUAUAGUUUUGUUAGAACUUCUAUAAAGUUAGUUCUGCCUCUGAUACCCGAAGAGGAACUGAAUCUACAUUGAGGUCCACUACAUUUCUCUAUGCAUUCACAGUAAAUUACAUUCUGUCAAAGAGCACAUAAGACUAUAAUCCUAAUUGGGUGUUAUUUGGGAACAAGGAUUGCUUACACUAAUAUACAGGAGUGGUUAGUUACCAUCGAUGAACCAGGUUGUUUUUAUGAAAGAUUGGCUCUUGGCUGAGCAGAUUUUCUAAUCAGUAAUAAGGUAUUUCUGACAGUGAAGUCCUAACUGAAGUAUCCUUUUGCUCAGUCAUUAAUACGGAAAGCUUAAUAUCUUCAUAGUGGCAUAAACUACUAGAGAAAGAUGGUUGUGUCAUUUUAAUGUUGUGUAGAAAACAGUCAUUUUAGCUAGUAGGAGUUGACCCUGUAGGACUUUGCCCUGCAAUACUCUGAACACAUAGCAUACGUGCCUGGACCAGGUGUUCUACUGAGCCUGUGUCAUCGGACAGUUUUGGCAACGUUCACAACAGUCAGCCUGCAUAUGAACUUAAGAAUGGACCACUCUUGAAAAGCCAAUGCAUGAAGCAGGGGACAGGCUGUCACAGUGCUUUGGCUGCCGACUGAACAACCCCCUCAGUCAUCGCCGCUGCCACCACCACCACCGCCCGCAACACCUUCGAGAGACUCUUCACCAUCCCUGUCGGUGGGAUGCGAGGCUAGUCCACCUCACUCUCAAGUCUGCCUCCCUCCUCACCGGCCUCCGCCACCACCAGUUCCCAGACUGAAACGCCCGAGGAGUCGGACCUACCCGGUGGACCGGGCCACGGUGGGGCACCCUUCCCCUUCCUUCCUGGGGGGGUCUGCUGCUUCCCCUUCCCCUGCUGCCUGCCCCGGCUGCAGGCCUGGGCCCAGGGCCUUAUGGGGCAGCAGCCAGGGAAGCUAGUCGGGGACCAGAGGAGGACCAGUCUGCCGACGCUGCCCUUCAUCAAGGGCGCGAAGAAAGAUGGAGGAUCGUCGCGGCACGCGCCACACACCUUAAACGUCUUUGUUGCACACGAACAGAGACCUGACUUUGAGCCCCAGGGUCUGUCGGAAGCAGCUCGCUGGAACUCCAAGGAGAACCUGCUAGCGGGACCCAGCGAAAAUGACCCCAACCUGUUUGUGGCACUGUACGACUUUGUAGCAAGUGGGGACAACACUCUUAGCAUAACUAAAGGAGAGAAGCUCCGUGUCCUGGGCUACAACCACAAUGGCGAGUGGUGCGAGGCCCAGACGAAGAAUGGCCAGGGCUGGGUGCCCAGCAACUACAUCACGCCGGUCAACAGCCUGGAGAAGCACAGCUGGUACCACGGGCCGGUGUCGCGCAACGCCGCCGAGUACCUGCUCAGCAGCGGCAUCAACGGCAGCUUCCUGGUGCGCGAGAGCGAGAGCAGCCCCGGCCAGCGCUCCAUCUCGCUACGCUACGAGGGACGCGUCUACCACUACCGCAUCAACACCGCCUCCGACGGCAAGUUGUACGUGUCGUCGGACAGCCGCUUCAACACGCUGGCGGAGCUGGUGCACCACCACUCGACGGUGGCGGACGGGCUCAUCACCACGCUGCACUACCCGGCGCCCAAGCGCAACAAGCCCACCGUCUACGGCGUGUCGCCCAACUACGACAAGUGGGAGAUGGAGCGCACCGACAUCACCAUGAAGCACAAGCUGGGCGGCGGCCAGUACGGCGAGGUCUACGAGGGCGUCUGGAAGAAGUACAACCUCACCGUGGCCGUCAAGACCCUGAAGGAGGACACUAUGGAGGUGGAGGAGUUCCUCAAGGAGGCUGCCGUCAUGAAAGAAAUCAAACACCCAAACCUGGUGCAGCUUCUCGGUGUGUGCACGCGGGAGCCGCCCUUCUACAUCAUCACGGAGUUCAUGACGCACGGCAACCUGCUGGACUACCUGCGCGAGUGCAACCGCGAGGAGGUGAACGCCGUGGUGCUGCUCUACAUGGCCACGCAGAUCUCCUCCGCCAUGGAGUACCUGGAGAAGAAGAACUUCAUCCACAGGGACCUGGCUGCCCGGAACUGCUUGGUCGGGGAGAACCACUUGGUGAAGGUGGCCGACUUCGGCUUGAGUCGGCUGAUGACGGGAGACACGUACACGGCCCACGCCGGCGCCAAGUUCCCCAUCAAGUGGACCGCCCCAGAGAGCCUGGCCUACAACAAGUUCUCCAUCAAAUCCGACGUGUGGGCGUUUGGGGUUCUGCUGUGGGAGAUCGCCACCUACGGGAUGUCCCCGUACCCAGGGAUUGACCUGUCCCAGGUGUACGAGCUGCUGGAGAAGGACUACCGCAUGGACCGGCCCGAGGGCUGCCCAGAGAAAGUCUACGAGCUCAUGAGAGCCUGCUGGAGAUGGAACCCUCAGGAGCGGCCAUCCUUCGCCGAGACCCACCAGGCGUUCGAGACCAUGUUCCAGGAGUCCAGCAUCUCCGACGAGGUGGAGAAGGAGCUAGGGAAGAAGGGGAAGAAGCUGACCCUGGGCCCCAUCCAGCAGGCUCCAGAGCUGCCCACUAAGACCAGGACACUGCGCAGGAACGGCAAAGACGGAGACAGCCCAGACGCUGCGGAGCCCGAGGUGGCCGUGUCGCCCAUGCUGCCCCGGAAAGAGCGCCCCCAGCUGGACGGCAACCUGAACGAGGACGAGCGCCUGCUGCCCAAGGACAAGGACAAGUCGCGCAGCAACCUCUUCCCCAACCUCUUCCCCAGCCUCAUCAAGAAGAACAAGAAGAAGACGGCGCCCGCCCCGCCCAAGCGCAGCUGCUCCUUCAACAACGGCCAGCUGACCUCCAGCGACCACGGCAUGGACACCGGCAAGUUCAACAACAACGGAGCGAGCGGCGGCAUCACCAACGGCGCCCCCACCUACCCCGGGCCUCUCUUCCCCCCGCACUCGCGCAAGAAGGCGGCCGUUCCCCCCGGCAGGCUGGCCGGGACGCCGCCGGGCGAAGAGGACGGCGUGUCCGUCUCCGCGCACUUCCUCCGCUCCGCGUCCGGCGGCAGCCGGACCGAGUGGCGGUCGGUCACGCUCCCCCGCGACGUGCCGUCGCGCAACUUCGAGACGGGCACGUUCGGCGGGAGCAAGCCCGCCCUGCCCCGCAAGCGCGCCAGCGAGCAGAAGUCGUCGGGCGACGGCCCGGGCGCCACCCCGCGCAUGGGCGCGCUCACCCCUCCGCCGCGUCUCCCCAGGAAGUUCGAGGAGCCCUCCGGCGACGACGCGGCCGAGGCCGGCUCGCAGACGGUCACCCCCAAGCUGGGCCGGCGGCCGCAGACCCAGAGCCAGUCGUCGUCGCUGUCGUCGGACAAGACCAGCGCCCUGCAGGCCGAGCUGCUCAAGCCCAACGUCUUCUUGCCCCUGGGGGCGGCGGGGGACGAGAGCCGCGCCCGCCGCCACAAGCACCCGCUGGAGCUCCCCGUGCAGAGGGAGCGCGUCAAGUUCCAGAAGCCCAAGCCGGCGCCGCCUCCCCCCCCACCCUCCAGCGGCAAGGCCGGCAAGCUGUCGUCGCGGAGCCCCACGCACGAGCACCAUUCCUCCGCGUCUUCUCCGUCGGACCCCAGAGCCAAAGGCGGCUCCGAGAACAGCCCCGCCGGCUCCCCCUCCGGGUCCUCCUCCACCGAGCUCGGCAAGAGCUUCCUCCCGUCGGACGGCUCCGCCAAGAAGCUCCCCGGGCUGUCCGGCGCCUCGUCGAAAGCGCAGGCGUCCAAAACCGCCUCCUCCUCCUCUUCCUCCUCCUCCUCCGUGUCCCCGACGAGCGCGCCGCUCGGCCUAGGCGGGAACUCUUUACCGGGCGACUCGGCGGCGGCGAUGGCGAUGGCGGCGGCGACGCCGUUCUCGCCGUCGUCCUCCACGGCCUUCAUCCGCCGCUCGCUGCGCAAGACGCGGCAGCCCGCCGAGCGGCUCUCCAGCUCGGCCAUCACGCGCGACAUGCUGCUGGAGGGCACGGCGCUGCUGCGCGCCGCCAUCGAGCGCAACUCGGAGCAGACGGGCAGCCACGGCGCCGUGCUGGAGGCCGGCAAGAACCUGUCCAAGUACUGCGCCAGCUACGUGGAGUCCAUCCAGCAGAUGCGCAACAAGUUCGCCUUCCGCGAGGCCAUCAACAAGCUGGAGGGCAGCCUGCGCGAGCUCCAGAUCUGCCCCACGGCCAGCAGCGCCGCCAACGCCGGCCAGCCGCCGGACUUCAGCAAGCUGCUCUCGUCCGUCAAGGAGAUCAGCGACAUCGUGCAGAGGUAGCGGAACGGAGCUGUGUGUGUGUAUGUGUGUGUACUUGUAUUGUGUGUGUGUGUUGUGUGUGUGAGAGAGAGGGGGAAAAGAGAAAGAGAAAAGGAAGGGGUUAGAGGACUGGACUGGACCGAACCGGACCUCAUAGUGGUGGACUGACCCUAAGGCCUGCAGCAGUGGUGACUCGACACACCACUGAUGGUGCAAAAUAAAGGAAAACUGUCCUCAGUGGUUCCGGUAGUGGUUGGACAUGGGGGAAGGGUGAGGGGUGGGGGCUUGUGAGCACUACCGCACAUUUGAGAAAGAAAAGGAAGAAAAACAAAAACCUUCACAAACAUGUUCACCUCCUCUCACCCUCUGCCAAAGAUUGGAGGAUGCACCCAAACACUAAGUGUCUUGUUAUUGUGCACAAAACCUUUUUGUUGAUGUUUGUUUGUUUUUUCCUUUUUGUUGGGGUUUGUUCUUUAUAAUCAUAAAAUAUAUAUGUAUGAAUGCAACUCAACUGUGGCCUUCUGAAGGCCUGGGCCCAAUUCUGCCUCACUUGAAUUUUUUUUUCUCUCAUCAGAUGGUUCUUCAGAGUAUAUCACCCUAUGUUGUUAUUUUAAAAAUAGUGUUAUAGUGUUACUUUGCUGUUGUUUCCUCUUUUCUAGCAUUGACUGAAAAAAAAACCCCUUUCCUUUUACAGAAGACAAAGCCUCAUGAAAAGAAAUCCAAUAUCCCAAUUUGGCAAAAUCCCAUUUGCCUUUCGAAUCUUAAUAGGUGAUAAAAAUGUUGAUUCUAUCACUUGUAGCGUGAUCUGUUUUCUCCAGGGCCACAACUCUUCUGCGCCCUCUUUCUCCCCAAUUCUGUCUCCAAUCCUACUGCUUAACUGCAAACUCUGUGCUCCAAAUUCUCAAUUUUGUGUGAUGUCAGUGCUCCCUUGCUAUGAGGUGUGAUUGUGUAUCGAUGUUGGGCGUGAUUGGAUGCAAGCGAGACAUUGAAUAGCAAUACUGUGCCAUGCAUGAUGUGAUUGGAGGAACCAGGGGAACAGGCCGAGGAGUGUUUGUGGCCAUGAUGUCAUAGAACCACACCUGCCUUCUCAAGAACAGGUGCCUUACGAAUACAAAAAACACUAUCAUUGGGAAUCGCGUGCUGUGAUUCUGAAAGACUGCCAGCACUGAUACCAGUGUUGUGACCUUAUAAGAGACAUAUUUUUUGUGGUUUUACUACAAGUAUCAGGAAUCAAAAAUGUGUUGUCUUCACAAGGAGGUGCUUGGAGUGAGUCUGAUUCCAUACUGAACACUACUGUUUCCAGAGAAUGUCGGGAAAAAGGAAAAGGAAUCUCGAGCAUGGAAAGCAUCAGGAAUAUUGAGCGUGUUAUACGAAAUGUUGUCACUGCUUUAUGAAGAGAUCUGAGAGAAAACCGUGAAUGCCUACCUUCGUUUAUGACGCCGUUUCAUCGUGAUCUUGUCAAUCAGACCCUUCAAACUCUUGAUACUAAAGAGUUGUUGUCAAGUGGACCACUUGUACAUGUCACCCCAAACCUGAGCGUGGUGAAAUUGCCUCAUGACUAGAAGAUGCUUUUGCCUUUGUCUUACACAAAAUGGUUAUCCGUGAUGGAUAAUACUGCCUUUCCAUUUUUUAAAAAGCAAAAUAAGAGAAAAAUGUAAUUACUAAGCAAACAAAGGAAUCUCCACUGCAUAGUCCACAACGAUCUACUAAAGAUGUUCCUAUUCAUUUUGAAGUGUUUCCUAAGUAUUGAAAUAAUGUGUUUGUUUUGUUCAGUAUUAGUUUGCUGUUUUUCCGACUCCUUUGCCUUCGGACUGCGAAGCCUGAGGAUGACGCCAACCACAAGCUGCCUUUUUUUUUUACUCUCACAUGGUACUGUCAUACUCAUAUGUUUUUUUUCUACUUCAAUCAUGCCACUACAUUUGUUUUCUUUUCCCUUUUGUAUCCGAGCCGCGUCAUGUUUUAGACUAAUUUUGCUCUGUGUAAAUAUGCAUUUUCUCUUUCAAUUUCCAAAUUCUUUCUCAUUUCCAUGUGUUCUUUUCUGUAACCUUGGUGCAAUUCUUGUUGCAUAAAAAUACAGAUUUGCGACUUGA